CGGCAGCCAUGGCGGAUGUGACCGCCCGUAGCCUGCAGUACGAGUACAAGGCGAACUCGAAUCUUGUCCUCCAAGCUGACCGCUCUCUCAUUGACCGUACCCGCCGGGAUGAGCCCACGGGAGAGGUGCUGUCCCUGGUUGGGAAGCUGGAGGGCACCCGGAUGGGAGAUAAGGCUCAACGGACCAAACCGCAGAUGCAGGAGGAAAGAAGAGCCAAGCGAAGGAAGCGUGACGAGGACCGGCACGACAUCAACAAGAUGAAGGGGUACACGCUGCUCUCAGAGGGUAUCGACGAGAUGGUGGGCAUCAUUUACAAGCCCAAAACCAAAGAGACCCGGGAGACCUACGAGGUGCUGCUUAGCUUCAUCCAGGCUGCCCUUGGGGACCAGCCACGUGAUAUUCUGUGUGGGGCAGCUGAUGAAGUUCUAGCUGUCCUAAAGAAUGAAAAGCUUCGUGAUAAAGAAAGGAGAAAGGAGAUCGACUUGCUGUUGGGUCAGACAGAUGAUACCAGAUACCAUGUUCUAGUGAACUUGGGCAAAAAGAUCACAGACUACGGUGGAGACAAGGAAAUCCAGAACAUGGAUGACAACAUUGAUGAAACAUAUGGCGUGAAUGUACAGUUUGAGUCUGAUGAGGAGGAAGGUGACGAAGAUGUGUAUGGGGAGGUUCGAGAAGAGGCCUCCGAUGACGACAUGGAAGGGGACGAGGCAGUGGUGCGCUGCACCCUUUCGGCUAAUCUUGUUGCAUCUGGGGAACUGAUGAGUUCCAAGAAGAAGGAUUUGCACCCUCGGGACAUUGAUGCCUUCUGGCUGCAGCGGCAGCUCAGUCGCUUCUAUGAUGAUGCCAUCGUGUCGCAGAAGAAGGCAGACGAAGUGUUGGAGAUCUUGAAGACAGCGAGCGAUGAUCGGGAGUGUGAGAACCAGUUGGUGCUGCUGCUCGGCUUCAACACUUUCGAUUUUAUUAAAGUGCUGCGGCAGCACAGGAUGAUGAUUUUGUACUGUACCUUGCUGGCCAGUGCUCAGAGUGAAGCUGAAAAGGAAAGGAUCAUGGGAAAGAUGGAGGCCGACCCAGAGCUCUCGAAGUUCCUCUACCAGCUCCACGAGACGGAGAAGGAGGAUCUGAUCCGGGAGGAGCGGUCCCGGAGGGAGCGAGUGCGGCAGUCCCGAAUGGACACUGACCUGGAAACCAUGGACCUGGACCAGGGUGGGGAGGCACUGGCCCCGCGGCAGGUUCUCGACUUGGAAGACUUGGUCUUUACCCAGGGGAGCCACUUCAUGGCUAAUAAACGCUGUCAGCUUCCAGAUGGAUCCUUCCGUCGCCAGCGCAAGGGCUACGAAGAGGUGCAUGUACCUGCUCUGAAGCCCAAGCCUUUUGGCUCAGAGGAGCAACUGCUUCCAGUGGAGAAGCUGCCCAAGUAUGCCCAGGCUGGCUUUGAGGGCUUCAAAACACUGAACCGGAUCCAGAGUAAGCUGUACCGGGCCGCCCUGGAGACAGAUGAGAACCUGCUGCUGUGUGCCCCCACUGGCGCCGGCAAGACCAACGUGGCUCUGAUGUGCAUGCUCCGAGAGAUAGGGAAGCACAUCAACAUGGAUGGCACCAUCAAUGUGGAUGACUUCAAGAUCAUCUACAUCGCUCCCAUGCGGUCUUUGGUGCAGGAGAUGGUGGGCAGCUUUGGAAAGCGCCUGGCUACCUACGGCAUCACUGUCGCCGAGCUGACGGGUGACCACCAGCUGUGCAAGGAGGAGAUCAGUGCCACUCAGAUCAUUGUCUGCACCCCCGAGAAGUGGGACAUCAUCACCCGCAAAGGCGGCGAGCGCACAUACACCCAGCUUGUGCGGCUCAUCAUCCUGGAUGAGAUCCAUCUCCUUCAUGAUGACAGAGGUCCUGUCUUAGAGGCGUUGGUGGCCAGGGCCAUCCGAAACAUUGAAAUGACCCAAGAGGAUGUCAGGCUCAUCGGGCUUAGCGCCACCCUCCCCAACUAUGAGGACGUGGCUACCUUUCUACGCGUUGACCCUGCCAAGGGCCUUUUCUACUUUGACAACAGCUUCCGCCCAGUGCCUCUGGAACAGACCUACGUGGGUAUCACAGAGAAAAAAGCCAUCAAGCGUUUCCAGAUCAUGAAUGAGAUAGUCUAUGAGAAGAUCAUGGAACAUGCUGGAAAAAAUCAGGUACUGGUGUUUGUCCAUUCCCGGAAGGAGACGGGGAAGACGGCCAGGGCUAUCCGGGACAUGUGCCUUGAGAAGGACACACUGGGCCUAUUUCUCCGAGAGGGCUCUGCCUCCACCGAGGUCCUGCGGACGGAAGCCGAGCAGUGCAAGAACCUGGAGCUGAAGGACCUUCUGCCCUAUGGCUUUGCCAUUCACCAUGCGGGCAUGACCAGGGUGGACAGGACACUUGUGGAGGAUCUCUUUGCUGACAGGCACAUUCAGGUUUUAGUCUCCACAGCAACUCUGGCUUGGGGUGUGAACCUCCCUGCACACACAGUUAUCAUCAAAGGCACCCAGGUGUACAGUCCGGAGAAGGGGCGCUGGACGGAACUGGGGGCUCUGGAUAUUCUGCAGAUGCUGGGACGUGCUGGAAGACCCCAGUACGACACCAAGGGUGAAGGCAUACUCAUCACGUCUCACGGGGAGCUCCAGUACUACCUGUCCCUCCUCAACCAGCAGCUUCCUAUUGAGAGCCAGAUGGUGUCAAAGCUGCCCGACAUGCUCAACGCGGAGGUGGUACUGGGCAAUGUCCAAAACGCGAAGGAUGCGGUGAACUGGUUGGGCUAUGCCUACUUGUACAUACGCAUGCUGCGGUCCCCAACCCUCUACGGCAUCUCUCACGACGAUCUCAAGGGAGACCCCUUGCUGGACCAGCGCCGACUGGACCUGGUUCACACUGCCGCCUUGAUGCUAGAUAAGAACAACCUGGUCAAGUAUGACAAGAAGACGGGAAACUUCCAGGUGACAGAACUGGGUCGUAUAGCCAGCCACUACUACAUCACCAAUGACACGGUGCAGACCUACAAUCAGCUGCUGAAGCCCACCCUGAGUGAGAUCGAGCUUUUCAGGGUCUUCUCGCUGUCCUCGGAGUUUAAGAACAUCACCGUGAGAGAGGAGGAGAAACUGGAGCUGCAGAAGCUGUUGGAGCGGGUGCCCAUCCCUGUGAAGGAGAGCAUUGAGGAACCCAGUGCGAAGAUCAAUGUGCUUCUCCAAGCCUUCAUCUCACAGCUGAAAUUGGAGGGCUUUGCACUGAUGGCUGACAUGGUAUAUGUGACACAGUCAGCGGGCCGGUUGAUGCGGGCCAUCUUUGAAAUUGUUCUGAACCGAGGUUGGGCGCAGCUGACAGACAAGACCCUGAACCUCUGCAAGAUGAUUGACAAACGCAUGUGGCAGUCCAUGUGUCCUCUGCGUCAGUUCCGGAAACUCCCUGAGGAGGUAGUGAAGAAGAUUGAGAAAAAGAACUUCCCUUUUGAGCGUCUGUACGACCUGAACCACAAUGAGAUAGGGGAGCUCAUCCGCAUGCCCAAGAUGGGCAAGACAAUCCACAAGUACGUCCACCUGUUCCCCAAGUUGGAGCUGUCUGUGCAUCUGCAGCCCAUCACGCGCUCCACCUUAAAGGUGGAGCUGACCAUCACGCCGGACUUCCAGUGGGAUGAAAAGGUCCAUGGUUCAUCAGAGGCCUUUUGGAUUCUGGUGGAGGAUGUGGACAGCGAAGUGAUACUGCACCAUGAGUACUUUCUGCUCAAGGCCAAGUACGCCCAGGACGAGCACCUUAUCACGUUCUUCGUGCCUGUUUUUGAACCGCUGCCCCCUCAAUACUUCAUCCGUGUGGUGUCUGACCGCUGGCUCUCUUGCGAGACCCAGCUGCCUGUCUCCUUCCGACACCUGAUCCUGCCGGAGAAGUACCCGCCUCCCACCGAGCUGCUGGACCUGCAGCCCUUGCCCGUGUCCGCCCUGAGAAACAGUGCCUUCGAGAGCCUUUACCAAGACAAAUUCCCCUUUUUCAAUCCCAUCCAGACACAAGUGUUCAACACCGUGUACAACAGCGACGACAAUGUGUUUGUGGGGGCCCCCACCGGCAGUGGGAAGACCAUCUGUGCGGAGUUCGCCAUCCUGCGGAUGUUGCUGCAGAACUCGGAGGGGCGCUGCGUCUAUAUCACCCCCAUGGAGGCACUGGCCGAGCAGGUGUACAUGGACUGGCACGAGAAGUUCCAGGACAGGCUCAGCAAGAAGGUGGUGCUCCUGACGGGCGAGACCAGCACGGACCUGAAGCUGCUGGGCAAGGGCAGCAUUGUCAUCGGUACCCCCGAGAGGUGGGACAUCCUCUCUCGGCGCUGGAAGCAGCGCAAGAACGUCCAGAACAUCAGCCUGUUCGUGGUGGACGAGGCCCACCUCAUCGGGGGCGAGAACGGGCCUGUCUUGGAAGUGAUCUGCUCCCGGAUGCGCUACAUCUCCUCCCAGAUUGAGCGGCCCAUUCGUGUUGUGGCGCUUAGCUCCUCGCUCUCAAAUGCUAAGGACGUGGCCCACUGGCUAGGCUGCAGUGCCACCUCCACGUUCAACUUCCACCCGAACGUGCGCCCCGUGCCUUUGGAGCUGCACAUCCAGGGCUUCAACAUCAGUCACACGCAGACUCGCCUAUUGUCCAUGGCCAAGCCAGUGUACCAUGCCAUCACCAAGCACUCUCCCAAGAAGCCUGUCAUCGUUUUUGUGCCUUCUCGUAAGCAGACCCGCCUUACGGCAAUUGACAUCCUCACCACGUGUGCGGCGGACAUCCAACGACAGAGGUUCUUACACUGCACCGAGAAGGAUCUGAUCCCGUACCUGGAAAAGCUGAGUGACAGCACGCUCAAGGAGACGCUGUUAAACGGCGUGGGCUACUUGCAUGAGGGUCUCAGCCCCCUGGAGCGGCGUCUGGUGGGACAGCUCUUCAGCUCAGGGGCCAUCCAGGUAGUUGUUGCUUCUCGGAGUCUCUGCUGGGGCCUGAGUGUGACCGCCCACCUGGUGAUCAUCAUGGACACCCAGUACUACAAUGGCAAGAUCCACGCGUAUGUGGACUACCCCAUCUAUGAUGUGCUUCAGAUGGUGGGGCACGCCAACCGCCCUCUGCAGGAUGACGAGGGGCGUUGUGUCAUCAUGUGCCAGGGCUCCAAAAAGGAUUUCUUUAAGAAGUUCUUAUAUGAGCCAUUGCCAGUGGAGUCUCACCUGGACCACUGUAUGCAUGACCACUUCAAUGCCGAGAUUGUCACCAAGACCAUUGAGAACAAGCAGGACGCUGUAGACUACCUUACCUGGACCUUUCUGUACCGCCGCAUGACGCAGAACCCCAACUACUACAACUUGCAGGGCAUCUCCCAUCGUCACCUGUCUGACCACUUGUCAGAGCUGGUGGAGCAGACGCUGAGUGACCUGGAGCAGUCCAAGUGCAUCAGCAUAGAGGACGAGAUGGACGUGGCUCCUCUAAACCUGGGCAUGAUCGCCGCCUACUACUACAUCAACUACACCACUAUCGAGCUCUUCAGCAUGUCCCUGAAUGCCAAGACCAAGGUGCGUGGGCUAAUCGAGAUCAUCUCCAACGCAGCCGAGUACGAAAACAUCCCGAUCCGGCACCACGAGGACAACCUGCUGCGGCAGUUGGCUCAGAAGGUCCCCCACAAGCUGAACAACCCCAAGUUCAAUGACCCACAUGUCAAGACCAAUCUACUUCUUCAGGCUCAUCUGUCUCGUAUGCAGCUGAGCGCUGAGCUGCAGUCAGAUACAGAGGAGAUCCUUAGCAAGGCCAUCCGGCUCAUCCAGGCCUGUGUGGAUGUCCUCUCCAGCAAUGGGUGGCUCAGCCCUGCUCUGGCAGCCAUGGAGCUGGCCCAGAUGGUCACCCAAGCCAUGUGGUCUAAGGACUCAUACCUGAAACAGCUGCCUCAUUUCACUUCGGAGCACAUCAAACGUUGCACAGACAAGGGAGUGGAGAGUGUUUUCGACAUCAUGGAGAUGGAGGAUGAAGAACGGAACGCAUUGCUUCAGCUGUCUGACAGCCAGAUGGCAGACGUGGCCCGUUUCUGUAACCGCUACCCUAACAUUGAGCUGUCUUACGAAGUUGUGGAUAAGGACGGCAUCCGCAGUGGCGGGCCCGUUGUGGUGCUGGUGCAGUUGGAGCGAGAGGAGGAAGUCACAGGCCCCGUGAUUGCGCCUCUCUUCCCACAGAAACGUGAGGAGGGCUGGUGGGUGGUGAUUGGAGACGCCAAGUCCAACAGCCUUAUCUCCAUCAAGAGGCUGACCCUGCAGCAGAAGGCCAAGGUGAAGCUUGACUUUGUGGCCCCAGCCACUGGCGCCCACAACUACACUCUAUAUUUCAUGAGCGAUGCUUACAUGGGAUGUGACCAAGAAUACAAGUUCAGUGUAGAUGUGAAAGAAGCCGAGACAGACAGCGACUCGGAUUGAGUGUGGAGGCCUGUGCUCUUGCCUGGAGGGGUUGGACCUGAACAAAGAGCAUGUCUGGGUCACAGUUGUGGACAGUAAGUCUGCUGGCAUGAGGGCGGACUGCCAGGCAGUGCAGGUGCACCCCAGGGCCCCUCCACAUUUCCUCUUGCCACCUUGGCAUCCAAGCUUUGGAUCCGGUGUCUGUAGGUGUCGUGUAGCUGUCGUGUUAACUGGAUAGCAUUUUUAGGCAUGUUCUUUGUUUUAUUAGGUGUUUUAAUAAAAUCAGUUGGAGAAAUCA